UUUUUUUGAUUUGAUUCAAAUUCUUUAGAAAAGGGAUAACUGUGGAGGAGUAGAGAGCAUAAAUUGCAGCACCUCCUUGCCUGAGCUCAGAGUUGGGCUCCCCCAAAGAGGCAGAGCAGCAUCCUACAAGGAAGAGCCCUCCCAGAGCCACCAUGCUCACUGCAAGGACAGUCCUGCUGCUCGUGGUGCUCCUCAGCCUCUCCCCAUGCUCCAGUGCAGGCCCUUACUCUCCAUCCGAGUGCUGCUUUGAAUAUGAGAGGUGCGCUCUCUGCCUGGUCAACCUCCUGGGCUUCUACUCAACUCCCAGGGAAUGUUAUUCCCCAGCAAUUGUGUUUGAGACCAAGAGAGGAGCCAAGAUCUGUACAAACCCCGAGGAGAAGUGGGUGAAGAGAGCAAUUACAGAGCUUCAAAAAAAGAAAUGACUU